CGUCCCUGUCCCUCACUCCAUGGCUCUGGGGUCCCUCUACCUCUAUGCAUGUGCAUUGUAGGAAUGCUACCAGGAGACUCUUCCAGGCAAUCCGAGGCAUGGGAAGACCAGGCCCAGGAGAACCAAGAGCAAGAACUGCUGUCUCCCUUGGGAACUCCUGCUUAUCUUUCAAGACUGGUUAAGGAAAUGGCCAGCGAUGAGCUGAGGGAACUGAGGAACGCCAUGACCCAGGAGGCAAUCCGUGAGCACCAGAUGGCCAAGACAGGCGGCACCACCACUGACCUUUUCCAGUGCAGCAAGUGCAAGAAGAAGAACUGUACCUAUAACCAGGUGCAGACACGCAGUGCUGAUGAGCCCAUGACUACCUUUGUCUUAUGCAAUGAAUGUGGCAAUCGCUGGAAGUUCUGCUGAUAGAACCACCAGCCAGGAUUUCGGUGAACAAGGUGAGGAAGAACAAAGAGAAAGCACUAAGCCAUUGUAGCUGGAGAAAAAAUAAAAAUUAAGAUGAAGAAAAAUGCUGAAUUCUGAAUGGGGUCUUAGGGAUCAGAGGGAGAAUUCUUUUGCAAACUAAUAAUCUGUUAUUAAAAUUGAUUCGCUAACA